UGUUUUGUAUUCUUGGUACGUAAUCGUCGGUGAAGAGUCGUGCGGUAUGCGCGACGGUAGCGCACGCUUACAAUGCACCGCGAAAACGCCAACAUUCCCGCGACUGUGUUAGAACUUGGACAAAACAGUGUGAAACAAAGUUGUUGAGAGGAGAAAUUUGUGCAUUCAAAUUGUUUAUGUAAUGAACAAAGUUUCGUGUUUGAAUAGUUCGACUGGAUUUUUGAGUUUUGAAUUAUUGUUCAGAGUUUUGAAGAACGCAUCCUGCCCGUGUGAUACCGCAGUGAAACUUGAAACUCAGGAUGUCCAAUUUUCAACGUACUAGAAGCAAAGUCUGGUGGGGUGACUCACCGCCGAGCAUCGGGAGUCCAGUGGCCCAGCCGGCCGACUGGAACCACAACAAUCGCCGAGAGGAGCAGGACUGGGAGCCGCAGCUGCCGCAUUGGAUCGCGAACCAGCCCGAGCAACAAAGGAACAAUAGCAUCGACAACAUUGCGCAACCGAACAAUGUGCAGAUAAACCAAUGGCCUCUGCGCCACGGCAGCCCUGGCAGUCACAAGAGCCAAGAUUCGGGCUUCUCAGACUCCGAUAGCUCGCCGCCGCCGUCCCAGUACUACCCCUCCCCAGAGAGCAAUAAUUCCAACAACAAAUCAUCUAGCAGCAGCGAUUCCAAUAAUAAUGAGGAUAUCACUGUAAAGCAAGCGGAGGGCUUCCAAAACACACCAAGUAAAGAUGUUGUUGACAACGGAAGAACGCCCGAAGUCCCGAAGGGGGCCCCAACCCCGAAACCUCGCUUGCGUAGUAGUAGCGUCAUACAAACACCGUAUGACCUACAAAAAUAUUAUGAAAUUCACUGUGAUGAAGAACAUAUCCAAUUACUAAAGGAUAAAGAAGAUGUAAGUAAGAAUGAAAUUAAUGUUACGCCCAAAAAUAUUAACAAUGAGAAAUGUAAUAAGGAUAUAAAAACUAAAAACAACUCCCCGAAGGUAGAAAACUCGAAAUCAAACGUAGAACCAGGUAAUAAAAUAAAAAUUAAAGUUACACCUCCAAAUAACAAUAACAAAGAAAAUAGUCCUGUCGUAAGUGCAAUACAUAAAGAUACCAAAGAUGUACCAGCUAAAAAUGUAAAUAUCUUAAGUCCAUCCAAAAAGUAUCCAGUGAAGAAGUCGUUUGUAUCAAGUACAGAAACUGAUAGCACGAAAAUAAGCAAAGUAGCCAAAGUAAAGGAUUUGGAAACGAGUAAAAAUAAGUCUGAUGAAAGUUUAGAGUUUAUUAAAUUGGCUGAUGAUAAUGAAAUUGCCGUGAAUAACCAACCUAGAGUUCGAACACCAAUUUCUAAUGUAUCAUACGUGCCAACAGAAAGGCUCGCUGUUGCUAGAGCUGAAUACAGAAGAAGUUUGUCCAAUGAGGAUAACCUUCCUAUCACAACAACUCCCAAGUUUGAAAGAAAUAGACUGAACAAGUCACUGAAUUUUGAGGCGCAAAGACUAGACCAACAAAUAUUGGAUAUUCAAGAGGGCUACCACUCUUUGGGUUACAUCGACGAAGAUGUUAUUAAAGAAGAGAUGGAAAAAUCCACGGAGCAAAUUCAUAAACCUACUAAAGCAAUUUUGGGUAAAAAUAUUAUGGAUAGUCUACACUUGAAACCAACGAAGAAAGCUGGGCCUAAAGCUAAACAUCGAUUUGCAACAAAAUCUGACAAAAAAGAUUUGUUUAGAAUAUUUCCUUCCAAGAAAGAAAAACCUGGUGUUGUUGAAACACACGCUGGAGGCGUUGUGAGUAGUAGCCGAGUACCAUCUCUUGGUCUGCCUAGAACUGCAGAACAAAACUCUUGGGUGAUAGUUGGUUAUCCAGAACAGGAGCUAUUAAUACCCAGUUACAAUGAAAGGCUAGUUGCAACAGACAGUGACAUUAACCUAAGAGCUAAAGAUACCCAAAAUGAAGAUACGAGCUUCUUGAAAAAUAGAAGAGUGACUCCUCCGCCACAGUUCCAAGACAAACUCAAGACACCUUACGACACAGACUCGAAAACCGACAAAGACUUAACACAUGAUUCCAAACGAGAAAAAUUAAAAGAGGAAGAACUGAACUUCGGGGAUAUGCAGUUAGAUCUAGCCUGUACUUCUACACCUAAAAUGUUGGCUCCCCACGAAUACAUGAAUGGUCAAAAAACCACACCAAAGAGCGUGAGGAAGAAUAUUCGCAGAGUAAACUUGUUGGAGAACAUCAAUACUAGCGGGGUGGUUCUGAAUAACCAGAAUGAGAUUUUGUAUAGAGAAAGGAGUAUAGAUCAGACGACAUUGGAGCGACUUUGCGAGAGGAAGCCCGAGCCAGUGCAGCAUUGGCUGUGCGACCUUGUAGGGUCCUGUGAGAACGAGUGCAUGACCACGCUGCAGAGUAAGCCUUUGGGCGCUGAAAUGAAAGCAAUGGUGACAUCCAGCUCAGCCACCAUCACGGGGAACAUCAAGAAAGUGCAGACCCAUGGGCAGAUCAUUGUUCAUCAAUACAGCGAUGUAUUGAGGCAAAUGGAAGCUAAUAAUUCCAGUGAAGAGCAAAUCUGCUUGUUGGUUGCGAAUAUAAAUGAGUUCGUUUUGGCGCAUAGCAUUACGUUGAAUACCAAGCCGCCUGGCGAAACUCCAGAAAGAUGGGAUAAGAUCAAGAAGUCUCUUCAACUUUACUUGCAAAAGCUGAUUGACAUAGGCGAGGAUGUAAAGAUAGAACUGAAUGAGAGCAGGCCAGAGUGGAGUCUAGUGCAAAAACACUUGGACACCCUUAUCGGCAUAUUCCUCGAGACUACCAAGGCCGUACUUGUCCAGCAGAUGAAGACGCUCGUGUCAAUAAUCGAGGAGCCGCCUUCGGACAUGCUUCUCAAGAGCACGCUCACCUCCAUUGGCCAUUUAGCUAUGCUCAGCGACUCGACCGAGUCAUCCCUCCACGAGAAAUGCACUAAAGUUAUGAAGAGCAUUUCUGACUUGCCGUUCGUAGACUGCGGAGUGCCUAGAGCGCUGUUAACGGCGAUUAUUGAGAGCAACAAAAGCUCCAUAAAGGCGCUGUCGUUGAGAGCAUUGGCUACUGUAUGCGUCACGGCCGACGCUGUUAAGCAGUUUGAAGAGGGUGGAGGCAUAGAAAUCCUGUCAGACAUCCUCUCCGACCGGUCCAACCCUGAGCCUCAGAUGCGCGAAGCCAUCACCGUGCUCACUCAGAUCACAGCUCCCUGGCUGCGAGGGCACUACGACCUUACCCAGCUUCACCUCUACUUGAACACCAUCGUUGAUAACAUCACUGGUUUGCUAUCCCGCACUGAAUGCUGCCAGCUGCUCCUUCUUUGCACAGCAUGCCUCGUCAACCUGGUGCGAGAGUUAGAAUUGGAGAAACGUGAAGACGACACUAGCGCCGCCAAGUCUGACAUCGUUGAAGUGUUCACCAAGCAUCGCACUGUCGAAAGACUUCUUGACGCUGUAAAAAGGCGGGGACCAAGCAUUUCAGUGUUUUUACAGGAACAAACCGCGUCUCUCCUAGCGUCGCUCUCCCGUAUCCCGCGCUGCGUUCUCCCGCUGUCGCAUCUGACCGCGGCGGUGGCGGCGCUAGUGUGCUUCGCUCGAGCUGCGCCCGCGCACGCUCCACGCGCGGCCGAGCUUAGAGCGCAGGCGAGAUUGCACUGCCAUGCUGCGGAGGCGAUUUCUAGACUAACCGUUGUCCCCGAAGUGGCCCACCAAAUCGUUCAGUUAGAGGGCGUUCCCCAUCUUACCCGGCUGGUUAGGAUGCAGCGAACGCGCCCGCACCUCGACGUAAACCCGGACCAGACCCUCAUCCACUGCCUCAAAGCUCUCAGGAACCUCUACCGACACAACCCUGAGGCUUUCGAGGACCCAAAGGAGGUCGAACAGAUGGUCCGACCACAUCUAAUGGAAUCGCUGAUGCUGUUCUCAGCGAAACAAGAAAGUUAUGUUUAGACCUAAGAUUGUAGAAGUUUUUGCUGUAUUAGAAUGAGUUGUGUAAAGAAAACCUGUGGAAAAUUUAUGGAAAAAUUACGUAGAUAUUUUGGUAUGAAUGUGUAGCGGUUAAGCUGUCUUACUAUGCAAUGGUAUAAUAUGAUUAUGAAAUGAUACCUACUUAGUAGUAUUAUGAUUCGUGACAAUACUAUUAUUUAUUACUAUGAAAUAUAGACUGCACUGUACUUUUAGGAGCUAAGGGUAUUUAUUAGGCAAAAUAAGUUUGACAAUGCGCUAUUUUG